UGAUUGUCAUUCCGCAUUCGCUGUGCCUGUGAUCAUUCGUAUCAAUUUUUUUACUGAUUACCAACCUAAAUUACCUAUUAUCUUAUUUGUGAUUACAGCGUUAUUAUAGAGAGAAACAUGUUUAUUAGCCGUAUGCCAAGGCUCCUGUUCCAAACAAUGCCCACUAUGAAGAAAAAUCCUUUUCCAAAGAGAAACGCUACUACAACUCCCACUGGAGCGAUUCUCCCAGAGCCCGAGAAAACUCCUUUUGGGCUAUUGAGUAUUGUGUGUGCUGUUAUACCUGGACUUCUAAUUGGUGCAGCAAUAAGCAAAAAUAUUGCUAACUUUUUAGAAGAAAAUGAGUUAUUUGUUCCAUCUGAUGAUGAUGAUGAUGACGACUAAGAGUUUCACGGAUCAGAAAAUUGUAUAGAUAUGAAUCUCAGUAUUUCAUAAGAAAAGGAGAUUUUUUAUCAACAUUGUAUAAUAAAACAUAUUUCCACUGUUAAAGUUUAUUUGUAUGUUACAAUAUAAAUACAUUUGUGCUAAUACAGUUUUAUAUCAAUUCAGAUAUAAAAGCUUAUCAACAUAUUUAAAAAUUAAUAAUUAUUCUUUUAUUUCCAUAUGUCACAGAGCAUAUUGCACUAGUCAUUUUAUAAUUUAAGAAAUCUUUAUAUACACUUGUGCUUAUAUAAGUUAAAGUGUUAAUUAAACUGUUAAUGGCAUGAA